AUGAACGUCGUUCGAGAGAUCCAGCGUCUCAAUGAAAAGGAACUACAGCGCGGGACGGCUGGAAUGGAGGGCAGUUGGCAUGGACAGUAUAAAGACUCUGCCUGGGUCUUUGUGGGUAGCUUGCCUUCGCAAUUGAGCGAAGGUGACGUGUUGUGUGUUAUGUCUCAGUGGGGGGAAAUCGAGGACUUGCACUUGGUCCGAGACAAGGGAACAGGGAAGAGCAAAGGUUUCGCCUUUUUGAAGUACGAGGAUCAACGCAGCACCAUUUUGGCGGUGGACAAUAUGAACGGGAUUAAAUUGCUGGAGAGGACCCUGCGUGUGGACCACAAAGAGAAGUACUCGCUGCCGAAAGAGACGGAGGGGUAG